UGUUUCCAGAGGCUGUUGAAUGUCCUCAACUUGUAAUGAGGCUGAAGGACAGGACAAUACAAAGAGACACAGAGAGCUGUUUGGCUGUCCAUGAGCCUGUCUGCUGUUUGGAUCAGUUUCCAUGACUCAAAGGGAUAUCCCACGCUGCCUCCCAUCUCCCCUCCUCUCCCCUUUCUUCCUUCCCCCGUCUCCUCCUCCUCCUCCCAGUCACUCCCUUCUUUCAUAGUUAACCACUAAAAAUGUUCAUUCCUAAGUACAACUAAGCUGGGUGGAUUUUUCAGGUAUUAAAAUAUGGAUUUUAAAGCGUACUUCUAAAGGAGUUGACAGCUGUGACGGAGAACAUCAAAGUGAAGAGCACACACAGAGAGAGAGAGAGAGAGGAGGGAUCUUCAUGUGUCACAGGGAGUUGUGGACAGCUCAGUGGACAUGGACCGCCUGAACAGGAACAUGCCAGAGUGUGGACGACAAACACGCCAGGUGUUACAGAGCACUCCAUUGGACCUGAUUGAGACCGGCAAGGGGCUGAAGUUCCAAGCAGAGCGCCCCCACUUGGUCAGCCUGGGUAGCGGUCGACUGAGUACAGCCAUCACCCUGCUGCCCCUGCCUGAGGGCCAUACAACUCUGGGUCAUGGUCCCAUGGAUAUCAACAUACAGGGCCCUGGGGUGGCAGCCCAGCACUGCUACAUAGAGAACAAGUCAGGGGUCAUCACACUGAACCCCUGUGGAAACCUCUGUGCUGUUGAUGGGCUUCAGAUCACACAGCCCAUCCGCCUGUCACAAGGCUGUAUGCUGUGUUUUGGCCAGUCAGCCUUCUUCCGCUUCAACCACCCUGAAGAAGCCUUCAGGAUGAAGAGCAUGGUGCCCCAGGGAGGCAGUGUCUCCACCGGGGACUACAGGCUAUGUCCAGACACAGACAGCUUGGUCAAUGGGAAUCACCAGGCCAGUUCAGCCCAGUCUGCACCAGCUGCUGGAGAGAGAGUCCAGUCCGAGCACAGUGCUAUUGUCAGCUCUAUUGAGAAGGACCUCCAGGACAUCAUGGACUCCUUAGUCAUGGAUGACCCACAGCCUUCUUCCUCGGAGGGUAAAAACUCUCAACCCAUUCCCCACUCUCCUCUCUCACCAAUGGUCAAUGGAGGGGGGCGGUAUCUUCUGUCCCCACCUACUAGCCCAGGGGCCAUGUCCGUGGGGUCCAGCUAUGAGAAUACAUCCCCUCCCUUCUCUCCGCUCUCCUCUCCCUCGGCAGCCAGCAGUGGGAGCUUUAGCAGCCCGUCUCCUAGCGGAGGACCCCAGGACCAGAGUUCUUCUCUGCCGCCAGUGCCUGUACGCUCCUCUAGUUACAACUUCACCGCCCAGCCUCCACCUGUACCGCAGCCACGGACCAUACUGCCUAACAUUAGCAGCAGUGGGGUGGGCCAGAAGUUUCAGGAAAGCCCCAGGCUGCAGAGGAAACUCCUAGUAGAGACACCUCCAAGCCCCAAGCCAAGCCGCAGAGGACUGGGCCAAGAUGGGUCUGAGAGCCCUCGACAGACCCCUCUUCUGUCCUCUUCUGAGUCUCUCAGUAGCCGAAACAUUGUGCCAAGUAGCCCUAGACUCACUAACAAAUUCCCGGCCUGUCCAUCCCCGACGCCCUCCAGUCCCAGGACCAAGACAACCACGGUGCUCCAGGAAAGGCCUGCCAGCCCUUUCAGAGAGCAGAGCAGUCUCACUGAUUGCUCCUUAAUUUCCAGCCCAUCUAAGCAGCUUUCCCAACCCACCAGAGCCUUCCAGCCUCCACUGGACCCCAUUGUGCACAUCAUUCAAGGAUCGCCACUCCAGCAGCAUCCACGUUCGCUACAGCCCCCUGAAAGCCCUCGCAUGGCUAGGAGAAACCUGGAGUUAAACGGUGGCAGUGUAGGGGCCAGCAGCAUGAGAGAACUGCCACCUCUUAGUCCCUCAAUGGCUCGUAGAGGGGUUCCAGUACUCCCAGGGGCACUCCCAGGGACUGUCUCCACAUUGAGGACUCCAGAUAGCCCCUCGAGUCUAGGAAAGUUUGUUCCUGAGAGUCCAAGGCUCCGACGCAAGUCUGGAUCUACAUCCGAGGAGCCAACGUGCAGCAGGGGGAUCCGAGCCCGCAGUCCAUCGCCUACCUCUAUGAUGAUGGAGGGCAGUAGUGGUGCGGGAGUACGGAAGGCGAGCUUUGGGAAUUCCCUGUCACCUGCUUACAGUCUGGGUUCCCUGCCUGGCUCAUCCCCCGUGGCCAGCCCCAGGACCCAUAGGAAGAUGUCUGCAGGAAGACCCCACCCUGGAAUGAGGGAGAGGAAGAACAGCAUCACUGAGAUCAGUGACAAUGAGGACGAGCUGCUGGAGUACCACCGACGACAGAGAGAAGAGAGGCUUCGAGAGCAGGAAAUGGAGAGACUGGAGAGACAGCGACUAGAGACCAUUCUGAACCUCUGUGCUGAAUAUAACAAGGGAGAGAGCACUGCCCUGGAGCCAGUGAACUCAGGGAGGACAGGCUUUCCUGGCGGGCUCACAGAUGGCCUGGGGCGGAGACCGUCGGUGGAGAACGUCCUAGGAGGGACACCGUCCCCAGCCACGCUUCGCCUAUUGCAGAAACAGAGAGAGAGUGACGAGGAGAACCUGAAGGAGGAGUGUAGUAGUACAGAAAGCACUCAUCAGGAGGUGAGGACAUCUCCUGCUCCCAGCACAGCAUCAGCACUGCACAAUGGAGACAGACAGCAUGAGGACUCAUCCAGUUCAGGCAGCGCAGGUCGUCUGGAACUGGGUUACCUUGAAGACGAGCGGGUUCGCGUUCUUGCUCGGAUCGAUGAGCUCAAAAAUCGGCUGAUGGAGCUGGAACAACAGCUGCAAGAGUCCAAACAAGAGGCAGAGAUGGAGCGUGCCUUGCUGCAGGGCGAGAGGCAGGCGGAGCUUGACCAGAUCGAGGCUGAGACAGACAUCAUCGCUCAGCUGCAGCACAAGCUGGAUGAGCUGGAGAGCGCCAUCCAGAGGGAGAAAGACAAGGAGAGGGCUAAUGUUGAGGCAGAGCGCCGGGCCCUGCAGAGCCUCCAGGAGGGCUACGCUGAGUUGAAGAACCAGCUUCAUAACUGUCCCGAGUCCCUGCGGGAACAGUUGCAGGAACAGCUCAAGAGGGAUGGAGAGGCACUGGAAGCAGGAACCAAAAAGUUUGAGGACCUAGAGUUUCAACAGCUGGAGAGAGAAAGCAGCCUCGAGGAGGAAAGAGAAACCAUGAGUCAACAGCUGCUCCAGGAGAGAGCAGAGUACAACAGCAGCGUGGCCAAGAGGAAGGAAAAGGUAUCAACUCUGGAGAACCAAGCCAAUCAGCUCGGUCUUCAAGCAUCUCAGGAGUGUGAGCGGCUGGCCAAAGACAGGACCCUCACACUGCAAAUGCUCCAAAAGGAGAAGGAGAGGCUGUCAGCUCUGGAGAAGAGAUACCACAGUCUGACUGGUGGGAAGAGCUUCCCCAAGUCCUCCACUGCAAUGAGAGAGGAAGCACUCCAUAUCAGCGAGGCCGAGCUGCUGUUGGAGGAUGUCCACUCCUCCCAGCAUUCCCUCUGUCAAGCCUCUCCUUCCUACUUACAUCCCUCCCCUCCCUGUCAGUUGUACCCCAGCAGCCCUACGGAGGAGUACAUGAAGCUGUCGGAUGUCUAUAAGAUGUAUGGCAGCAGCUACCAUGAAAGCAGCAAGCCCGCCUCUCACGGCCGCUCGUAUUCCAUAGAUGCUGCAUUAGCUGGCGCCUGUGAGGAGUACGUGACAGUGGGCCAAUUAAAUCAGAUGUAUGGGAUGCCAAAGGUGGAGUCAUCCCCUACUUCUCCGCUUCGCCAGCCCCUGCAGUCUGGAGCCGUAGACCCCGCCUUCUCCUGCCUCCCUUCUCCUCAUGGCUCCUCCCUCUCUCUGUCUGUGGAGUACCAGUCUGAAGGCAAUAGGCCUCACCUCUCCAAGCUAGAUUUAGAGCAGUGGUACCAGGAGCUGAUGGCUGGCUGCAGCCAGCUCUGUCCUCCCCCUCUGCCAGCCAAGUCUCUGUCGGGACGCAGGCCUGUGCUGCAGGUGUUCCGCUCUAAGCUGGACAGUGAUCCCGGGCUGUCUCUUCAUCAGCCCAGAUCAGGCUCUGCAUCCCCUCUGCAGCACGGAGCCGCAACACUGGGACGCAACACAAGCUCGAAGCAGAGCCCCCUCCUGGCGGCCAACAGCACUGGCAGUCUGCCCAGGAACCUGGCUGCGACCCUGCAGGACAUUGAGACCAAGAGACAGCUCGCUCUGCAGCAGAAAGAGCCCCAGACCUCCACACAGAGCACCAUAGAGAGAAGCUCAGCAGGUCAGCAGGUGAUUGAGGAGCAGCGCCGUCGUCUGGCCGAGCUCAAGCAGAGGGCAGCGGCUGAGGCUCAGUGUCAGUGGGAGGCUCUCCACGGCUCUCAGACCCACCUACUGACCUCGUCCUCAUCAUCGCCCUCCUACUCCCCGAUCAUGGCAUGCAGCCCAGCACCUCCUCCUCUGGUUCACCACUCCAUCCUGCACCACCAGCCCCCAUCGGCUGGAGAGCAGCCCUAUGACACCCUGAGCCUCGAGAGCUCUGACAGUGUGGACACCAGCGUGUCCACAGGGAACAACUCGGCCUGCUCACCAGAUAAUAUGUCCAGUGUCGGAGGAGUGGACGCGCUGAAGAUUGAGGAGAUGGAGAAGAUGCUGAAGGAGGCGCAGCUGGAGAAAGCCAGACUUAUUGAAUCGAGGGAGCGAGAGAGCCUGGCUCGCCGUCAGAUGCUGGAGGAGGAGAGGAGGAGGAGGGAGGAGGCGGAGAAAAGGCUGCAGGAUGAAACUUUCCACCGGCAGCGGCUAGUAGAGAAAGAGGUCAAGAUGAGGGCCAAGAACUUCUCUCAGGCCCGUCCGAUGACUCGCUACCUGCCCAUUCGGAAGGAGGAGUUCGACCUGCGCUCCCACGUGGAGUCGUCGGGUCACAGCGUGGACACCUGCUACCAGGUCAUCCUCACAGAGAAGAUGUGUAAGGGCUACCUUGUGAAGAUGGGAGGCAAGAUCAAGUCGUGGAAGAAACGCUGGUUCGUCUUUGACCGCCUCAAGAGGACCUUCUCCUACUAUGUCGACAAACAUGAGACCAAGCUGAAGGGUGUGAUCUACUUCCAGGCGAUAGAAGAGGUCUAUUAUGAUCACCUCCGCAGUGCCACAAAGAGCCCGAACCCCUCCCUGACCUUCUGCGUGAAGACCCACGACCGGCUCUACUACAUGGUGGCUCCAUCAGCAGAGGCCAUGAGGAUCUGGAUGGAUGUGAUCGUCACAGGAGCAGAGGGAUACACACAGUUCAUGAACUGAGAGACAUAAAUGCACACACAGCGCAGGUGAAGAGCAGAUAGUUUCGGCAGGGACUUCCCCAUCACAGACUCUACAGACCCUCCCUGUUUCCAGUCCACAGGACACAACGCCUUGUUCGUUCAUUUUUAAUCUCACACUUUGAUUUUACUUUGUAAAUGUUUUCACCUCCACAUUUUUUACAUAAUUCUGUUUGGAUUGAAAAAGGGAGCCAUCGGAGGACACACACACCACACACAUACUAAUGUAUAUAAACCAAAAUGUACACCUGUCAAAGACUUUUACAAAGCCUUUCUAUAUUGCCAAAUGGAGAUCUUGUAGUAAUUGUUUGUUGAACCUUUUGUAUUAUUUGUUCCCUUUCUCCUUUUUUUUUUUUACUUAGAGAAAAUUGCCAAAUGACAUAAUGCCAUAAUGUUUUGUUUGAGUGUUCAAUCAUGACUAUACUCAGUUUAGACGGAGAGUUUAAAAGAAGCUACAAAGGGUGUAAUCAGUUUGAAAAUAUAUUUGAAAGAAUCUUACUCAAUGAAUUUAUGAUAAUUAAUAGAAAUCACUCAAUAAGGACGGAAGAUGCUCUUAGACGUACGCUAAAUUCAGCCCUCUGAGUACAUUGAUUUAUCAAGAGCUACAUCCUAGCCAUGUCACUUCACACAGACUUACCAAAGUAAUUGGAAGUAUUUUGUUGACUUUGAUCCACUACAGCUCAGGAGUUCAUUCUGCAGUUCUCACUAUGGUUCAAUUCAAUCAAUUGAAUCAAUUAUGGUUCAAAAUAUAGGGUUAGAAAAGCCAGUACUGAUUACAGCUAUGGAUUGAUUACGUGUUUGGUGCAGUAUUCAGUAUACUCUAUAUUGGAUUUAUCCCAAAAUACUGAAAAUACUUAAAGGAUUGUGACAUUUUGGGAAAUAUGCUUUGUGUGUAACUUCCAGGUUGAGCCAGUGACUUCUACAACUGCUUCUAGUCUUUAUGCUAAGGCAAGCUAGCAGUCUUUGGCUCUAGCUUUAUUCUUUAAAGUCUAGCUGCUUUCUUGUCAACAAUUGGAUGAGAAAAUUGAUAUUGCUCUCAUAUCUAUACUCUAAAUAUGAAGUUAUAGCUAAUAGGUGGUCAUCUUAGCUUAGCAUAAAGACUGGAAGUAAAGGUAGACAGCUAGCCCUGCUAAAUAUCUUAGGUAAUUGGUAGGCAAGCUAGCUUUUUCCCCUUGCUUUCCGAUUUUUCCUUUUUAGUGGGAUGUUUUCAUCUGUUUCCAGUCUUUGUACUAAGCUAGGCCAAACAAGCUAGACUUGAUAUGCCCAAGUAAUUUCCAAAUUUUUUAUUAUGUAAUAAAAAUGUAGUCACUCCAUCCUAUUGGUUGGAUAUGCAACACACAAAAGUUGAAUUCCAGAAAACCCUUAUGUUGGUCUAACCAUAACUGCCGCAUUGUCACUGUACUUGUGAAUAUGAUGAAGAAUAUUUCACUGUCUGAUGCCGCCAUUUUGCCAACUCAAGGUGCAAACUGUAUUUCUGUGUGCACACACACAAACGGAAAAAGCUCAUCUAUUUGCCAAGUAGCCUUUAGCUAACUUGAUGAUGCUACUACACAACUGGGAAGCAGCCAUCAUCACUGCCAGCCUAAAGCAAAACCACUAGGGGGCGCUACAGAGACCACACCCAACACAGGACCACACAGGAUGGAAAAACAAAAAAAAAAAACAAAAAAUGAACUAAUGCAAUUCUGAACUGUGCCUUGACUAUGUGUUGUGUAUAAGUCCAGCACAGCCUUGCUGGAAGGCUAUAAAUGUAUGAAUGCAUUUAACUUUCUGAGCUGUACUGCGGUAGGUGGACAGGUCUGCAUGAGGUUUUCAACAACAUUAUGGGGACAUCUGCCUGUAGCAGUCAGAAAUACCAAAAGCUCUGAUCACAGUGGGAAUCAGCUAGUUAUUAUUUGAACUCUAAUUGUACAAAUUAGUAUUUCAUUUAUAUUAUUAAAGAAGCACUCUACCAAUUUUACAACUUGUAAUAAUAAAGUGGUGGAUUGCUCCUUUAAAUCUUAAUCAGCGAUGCACAAUUGGAGCUUGAAAAUGCCCUAAUAUUUUGUACUUUUAGUGGUAAUUAUUGAUUGCAGUUGUUUGCCUUAUAAUUAACAAUCUGCUUAUUUAACCUUACCAUACCACAUCACUUAAUUUUGUCGUCAGUGAUGAAGCAGAAAAAGUGAAGAAAACUCGGCUCCUUACUUUAAAUCCCCACUGUGAGCUGAGGUGUGUCUGCAUGAGGAUGGAUGUCUUCAGCUUUAUCAGACUGUAACCGACCAGGCCUGCCUGCUGUCUUUGUUGUCACGUGUUGAUCAUCACAUUGUGAAUCUGUUGAUUGGCCAUGAACCACACAGUUUGUAGUUAACAGAUGCUGUUUUCUGUUUUGUAGAUGCAGAGGGAAAACUAGGCUGUGAUUUUUGAAGCAUGUGGAACUGUUGUUUAGUUUCAUGUGUUGGUACAGUAAUAAUAAUUUAUGGUUGUGGUGCCUGAGAUAGUGACAUAUACUUCUAAAAAAGAAGACUAGUGAAAAGACCUUAAUAUAUUCUGUAUUCUUGCCUUUACUUUUCUCCGCACAGGUAACGUGCAAACCAAACUAUUCAACACUGGCAAGGCUGUUAAAUCAUGUCUGUUGAUAGUAGAUGGUAUAUACAUUAAUGAUGUUAUCUAUGUUGAAAAGAAAGGAAACUAAAUAUACUGUAAAGAGGAUGCCUGAAUGAAAAAAAUAAUCUUACUAUUGAAAUGAAACAGUAUUGUAUUGAAAGGAGUACAAUUUUUACUUAUUUUUGUCAUUUUAGCAGUUUUAUUGUCAGUCAGUUACAUUUCAAAUUAUAUGGUAGUGAUGUAUCAAUCUACCUUUUUUUUUUGUUUGUUUGUUUUUUUUUACUAGUACAGCAGAACACACAUCUGCGCAUACACACAUACACAUACAGAGAAUAACUCACCUAGCACUCAUGAAACUGUACUGUUUUUCUAGAAAGUAGAUCCUGUUUCAUACAAACACACACACACACACAGUCACAAUCAAUACUCGGACCAUACUGUGUAAUUGGUACCUUUAUGUGUCAUGCGUUAUUUUCACGUAUGAAUUGUAUGGACUUUGUCAAAUCUAUUAAAAACGGAACUGUUACUGAA